AUAUGUCAACCCUGUUCUGGUUGCUAACCACAUUUUUACUCGGGUUUGGUACAGAUGGGAUGAAAUGCUUCAUCUGCCCCGCUCCCCUCCAAGUAAAAAGCCAGCCUAGUAAUUUAUUUAUGUGUUCAUUAUGUGACCUAGUAACUUUUGGGGGGCUGUUAACUAAUGCAUGGUGCAUAAGAAGCAAAUGCAAAGGUAACUGCCCCAAGGAGCUCACAGUAUAAAAGUACGCACAGGGGAAAGCUGCAAAUAGAUAGAAACUGGGGACCAAGCUAGCCUUUUUCACUCCCUGAAGUGCUACUGUUGUGUCUUCCUUCUCCCUCUCAUGUGCAAAACACAACAGUGCAAACUGCAGGACCCAGAUGGUGCGGUGAUGUCACACGAUGGAAGCAGUAAGAAGUGUGAUGUGUUGGAUUCGGGCAAAGAAAUAUCAAUAGCAACUGGUGAUGCUGAUAACUUUUUAGAGCCUGGUCAGCUAAACAGAGGUUGUAUUUGGAAAAGGGACAGAGCUGUACACGAUCUCUCCCCCACCCGCAUAUAGUCUGCAAGUGCCCUCCUCCUGCCCACCAAAAGUAAGAAAGUUACCAGGAAGAUGUUCAUAGCCCAGCUGCAGAAUUUGCCCAGUGUGGUCCUCUUCUGCUCUAUUUUGCUUUUCCUACUUGUUGCGAAGAAAGAAUUUGAGUCUCUUUUCUCACCGCAUGACAUCAAGCUCAAGGGCAGCCCAGAUUCCGCAGGCAAUGAUAAGAGUGCAAUAGGAUUUGAAUGGGAAUCUGCGCUGGAGAGGACAAGGGAGACCAAGCCCUCUGGUCUGAUUCCCCCACCACCACCACUGGCCACGCGGCAUCCCUUGGAGGUUGUCUAUUCCACUGAUUAUAAGUUCCUUCUCAACGAGCCAAACAAAUGCCGCGAGAGGAGCCCUUUUUUGAUCCUGCUGGUGAUAACUGAGCCCCAGCAUUUUCCCACAAGGCAGGCCAUCCGGCAGACGUGGGGCAACGAGAGCUCGGUGCCUGGGGUUUCCAUUCUUCGUCUCUUUCUGACGGCUGUCCACCCAAAAUUUGGAUACCCGCUCCAGGCCCUUUUGGAAGAGGAGAGUUCCAUCCACAGAGACAUUAUUCAGCAGGACUUCCUGGAUACCUACAACAACCUUACCCUCAAGACUCUGAUGGGCAUGGAAUGGAUAAGCAAGUUCUGCCCCAAUGCAACCUAUGCGAUGAAGGCAGACAGUGACAUCUUUCUCAAUGUGAACUACAUGGUGUCCCAGCUGCUGCAGCCUCACCUGCCACCCAAGAAGAACUACAUGACAGGGUACAUCUACAGGAACGCAAAGCCAGUGCGUGACAUGGCCUACAAGUGGUAUGUGCCACGGGAGGUGUACCCCAAUGAGACCUACCCGCCCUUCUGCGCAGGCUCAGGGUAUGUGUUCUCCGGGGAUCUGGCCAUGAAGAUCUACCAGGUAGCAAAGACCAUCAAGGUCAUUAACAUGGAAGAUGUCUUCAUGGGAAUCUGCCUGUAUGAGCUGGGCAUCAGCGUGACAAACAGCCCCUUGGGUCUCUUCAACCCGUUCAAAGUCAAGUAUGAGAAGUGCAAGUUCUCCAAGGUGGUGGUGGUGCAUUAUUACAGGCCAGAGGAGCUGCUGCAGAUUUGGCCUGACUUUCGGGACCAGAGCCAGACUUGCAAGAGUUAAAAGGGAGGGAGGUAAACAGACACACAGCCUCUUGUGGAGAAGCUGGCAUAGAGGACUGGCAACAUGCGGCAUGUUCCUGUACAAUGGACAAAUCCAUGCCAACAAAUUGCGAUGAGAAAGGGGAGGAUGGCUCAGAGAAGAAGGAAGAUACUGUGCUUGCCAAAAUGUGUAUUUAUGCCCUUAGAAGCGAGCUGGCCACACAUAACAUACUCAUCGUGCAGUGUGGUCCGUUGCCAUUCACACUGCUUUCCUCCCCAUAGAAUCUCUGCAGCUGCCCAUAGGAACUUGUUUGGUCUGCUCUGAACUGACCACUAUGCUACUAAUGUGCCAAAUUGACAACUUCAGAGUUUUGAGAUCAUCACAACCACCACCUCACCUACUGGAAGAGAGCAACCCUCUGGCCAUGCAGGUGUGGCACUAGGCGUAGUGUUGCCAUACAUCCAGGAAUUCCCGGAAAUAUCCUCUUUGGGGGGUCCUCCAUGCCCAUCCAGGGGGAAUUAUACAUUUUAAAGCAAUUGUUCGCGAUUUUGGGUUUUUAAAUAUAUAU